UUGACUUGCAGUACCACUGGCUUCUAGGUAGAACGGGCAGUCACUGAAGACAGCACAGCCUCUCAGCUUAGCAGAAGUCAUGUGAUAAGGAAAAGACUGCAUGAGAAAACAUCGGACACCUCAGCAUUGUCCUCUCGGAUGAAUUUUCACACAGACAAAGGGUCCAGAUUAAUGAAUUACAGUCGGUCAACAGAAGAUUACAGACAACUCUCUGUGGACUAUAGUGACUCUAAUAGUAUUUCAGAAAGUACAUCUUUGAUACUCUCUAACCGGGGACACAGGAGAGACGAAGCUGUUCGGCAGAUUACAGACAACACUUGGCAGCAUGUCUCUGGCAAACGGGAUCUGGGAACAGGGAGAGUCCCACCGACGCACAGGUCAUGGGACCCCACCCUCAGCGGGUCAAGGACACAAAGUAGCUACAAACUCUUCAUAAACAGGUCGGUCAGUGCUGUAGAAGAAAUCCCUAGCGGAGCUCAGAAGAGCAGCAGACACAACCUGCUGAGUUUGGGCUCCACCUUCUCUGUGUCUACAAAGGACUACACAGCAGCUGCUGCAUCACAGAAAUGUUUCUUCCAAAGGAAUGAAAAGUUUUCAGGUCCAGAAUUUAUUAUUUUGUCUAGUGAACCACCAGUGACCUUACAGCUGCCUGGAUCAAUUGUGACUAAAAAAGGGAAAUCCUAUUUGUCCCAAAGGGAUCUCAAUGUGAUUCUGCUCAACGGGCAGUGCCUUGAGGUGAAAUGCGACAUCAAGUCUAAGGCAAGAGAUGUUUUCAACACUGUGGUGGCAUAUGCAAACUUAGUGGAACACUUCUACUUCGGCUUGGCUUAUCUGAAAGGUAAAGAGUUUUUCUUUUUGGAUGACGAGACCAAACUCUACAAAGUGGCCCCAGAAGGCUGGAAUGACCAACCCAAGAAGAAAACCUCCAUCAUUAAUUUCACACUCUUUCUAAGGAUAAAAUUCUUUGUCAACCACUUUAAUGUUAUCCAGCACAGCUUGACAAGGCAUCAGUUUUACCUGCAGCUUCGUAAAGAUAUUUUGGAAGAGCGGUUAUAUUGUAGUGAUGAGGCUGCCCUGAAACUUGGUGCUUUGGCUUUACAGGCAGAGCUUGGCAAUUAUGCUUCUGAGAUGCAUGGAAAGAGCUAUUUUCGUGUUGAGGACUAUGUUCCAGCAAGCCGAAUAGAGAAAAUGACCCUGGCAAACGUACAGCGAGAGCUUGCUAAACUGCAUCGCAUGAAUCGUUCCCUCUUUGAGGAUGAAGCUGAACUAGAAUUUUUAAAGGUAACUCAGCAACUCCCUGAAUAUGGAGUGUUAUUCUAUCGAGUAUCCCAAGAGAAGAAAACAGCAGGAGGAGACAUCAUCCUGGGAAUCUGUGCCAAAGGCAUCAUUGUGUAUGAGGUCAAAAAUCACACAAGAAUUGCCAGUUUAAGAUUCCAGUGGCGUGAAACAGAGAGAAUUUCAGCUCAUAGAAAAAAAUUCAUGAUUGAAAGCAGCUUCAGUGGCAAGAAACAUACAUUCAUUACUGACACAGCAAAGACUUGUAAAUAUUUACUGGACCUCUGUUCUGCCCAACACAAAUUCAAUGCACAGAUGAAUUCUAGGCAACUUCGGCAAGCUUCAUCAGAGGACAGUAAAUUUAUGGAAAUAGACAAAUCAAAUCCUGCAUACGCAGCUCAGCACGAACACCUUGCCCUGAUUCAGAGACUGUCUCGAUCAGAGAAUGUGCUGUAUGGGACAAACCUGGAAAACCUUUCUGCUGGGAUGAUGAGCAAAUCUUGUGAUAACCUCAGUGUGGAAAUCAGCAACAGGACUAGAGACAAAAGUAAUCUCGGCAGAUCUACAUCAGGGCUAUCCCAGUCAGAAACGCACAUCGAUCUGAAUGGAAAGCAAAAGAGUUAUGACUACCUCUCUAUCCAUUCCACUCAGAACACAAGCAGCGCACCUGGAUCACCAGUCAUCCAAAGGGAACUUUUGCUAAGUGGUCUAGAAAGAGAAAUCAUUUGUGUCACCCUAAAACGCGACCCUAAGAAUGGCUUUGGUUUUGUAAUUAUUGGAGGAGAAAAUGUAGGAAAAUUAGACCUUGGUAUCUUUAUCGCUUCAAUUAUUCCUGGGGGACCUGCAGACAGAGCUGGAAAUAUCAAACCAGGGGGACGACUCAUCUCUGUGAAUAAUAUUAGUCUCGAGGGUGUUUCGUUUAAUACUGCCGUUAAAAUUAUACAGAAUUCUCCUGAUGAAGUGGAACUGAUCAUCUCUCAACCCAAAGACAUUUAUGAAGAAGGGUUAAAUGAAGAAAAGAGUCUAUCUAGAGCGAACAGCACUAGUGGAUCUGAGAUCUCUUGUGUAGACAGUGGGAGAAGAAAGAUUCAAGACUGUCAUACUGCUCCCUCCAGAGAACAGGACAUAAAUAUAGAUGAACUUGAGCAGGCUCUUUCCUGGAAUUUAGCACCAAAAUCGGGCCCCAGGAUUCCAGUUCUUUCAGUUGACAGCCUGGAUGUGGAGGAAGCUGACUCCUCGCACUUACCAUCUCCGGCUGAAACCAACGCAGAUGAUACCUAUACUGUGAAGCUUGUCAAAGAAGAUGGGACUUUUGGAAUCAGUGUGACUGGUGGAAUUAACACUAGUGUGCGUCAUGGUGGGAUAUACGUGAAGUCAAUUAUUUCCAGGGGACCAGCAGAUAAGGAUGGACAAAUAAAGAUAGGUGAUCGUUUGCUGGAAGUAGAUGGAAUCAGCCUCUGUGGUAUCACACACAAGCAGGCUGUGGAAAGACUGAAGAAAUCUGGCCAGAUUGCCAGGCUUGUUCUAGAAAGGGGACAUCACCGAUUGGCAGAGCUGUGCACGACUGCUAAGGACCAAUGUGCAGUUGUUCCUGUGGCAACAUCCUUCACAGAUGGUACCAAGAACUACUCCUUUGUGACAGAUGAUAAUACAUUUGAAGUCAAAUUGACAAAGAAUUCUGGAGGCCUUGGCUUCAGUUUUCAGCAAAUGGAAAGAGAUGCCUGUGAACACCUUGGAGGAGCUAUUGUCAGGAUCAAAAGACUGUUUCCAGGGCAGCCAGCUGAAGAGAAUGGAGAAAUUGAAGUCGGAGACAUCAUUUUAGCUGUGAAUGGGAAACCUAUUCAAGGACUCUCGUAUCAGGAUGUCCUCCACUUGCUGAGAGGGGCUCCUCCGGAAGUCACACUUCUUCUCUGCAGACCACCGAAGGGUGUUCUUCCAGAAAUAGAGCUGAGUGCCCUGACUCCAGCACCAUCUCCAGUUAAGGACUUUGUGGCAGGAACACCAGCCAGUCCAGAGAUAGGAAACAGUCUGGAUCAAUGUACUAGUGAUGGAGGCAGCACCUCUCUAGAACUGGAAGACUGUCUGGAUUCUCCAGUGGCAGCAGAUUUCAGUGAGCCACCUGAAGAGGACAGCUCAACUAAUGAAGAGCAAGAAGCAGAGACUCAAGAGAAGCCCACGCAGACACUUAUGCCUCCCACGGAGAGUUGCUAUAAAUACCUUUGGAAGUUUCAUCAAGAAGCUGUCAGUUCUGAAAUGUUCCAGUCCCUAGAGGAAGAAGUGAGGCAGAACUGCUAUUCACCAUGUGAAUUUGGAUGGGCCAAAAGCCCUGUAUUUAAUAAGAGUGAUGAUGACCUAUCCAAAACAAAUUGCAUGCCUGAAAUUCUCUCUCUAACCCCUAUUGAUGAAGAGUAUCUCACCAUCAGCUCAACAUCUGUGACCUCACUUUCACGGGGAGGAAGCUCUGAGACACUGUCCUCAACCAUGGCCACCCCGCAACCAUGUGGCCCUUUCUCAUCAUCCCUACCUGCUAGAGUGCCACGUGACAGUGACAAUGAAUGGGAAGAUUUGGAGGAACAGGAGGAAGAGGAGAAGGCAGAAAAGGAGGAUUGCUCUAGGGAAAUGGAGAUUUUUGUGACUCUGAGAAGGUCAGAGAACAAUGGUUAUGGAUUCUCAGUGGUUUUCAACAAACCAGACAACUGCCUGUAUGUUGAUGAGAUCUUGAAUGAGCCUGCCCUGUCUGAUGGAAGACUGAGAAGGGGAGACAGAAUCAUUAUGGUGAAUGGAGUUGAUGUCACAUCAUUACCAUGCAACGAAGCCCUGACUUUACUGCACAGCUCUCCUCCUGAUCUGCACCUUGUGGUUGGCCGUGCUGACAAUGAUCCGUAUCCCUCCUUUAGGCCAGAUGAGAUUCCUGAAAUUACUCUUACAAAAGGUGCCAAUGGACAACUAGGCUUGAAGCUGACAGGAGGAGCUGGAAGCAAGUUACAAGGUAUUUAUGUGCUAGAGAUAGUGCCCGGCUCUCCUGCCAGUGUGGAAGGUAGCCUGCAGCCCCGCGAUCAGAUUCUGUACAUCUGUGGACUGUGGACUGAGGGCAUCAGCCUGGACGAUGCUGUGAGACUGUGUGAAGCUGCCACCCAGAGUGUCCGAAUCAAAGCAACAAGAAAUGGCAAUCCAGUGGUUCCUAUAGAGCAGGAAAAUAGGCCACCUGCGGAGACAGAGAAAGCCAGUUUAUCUCUCUCAAAUGAAAACCUAAAUCCACAAGAACAGCGUCUACCCCAUCAACAUGAGGAACGUUUGGAGGAAGCAAAUUGUGGUGCUGAGCAAAACCCUUCCGAUUCCCCAGAGCACAAAGACUUUAUAAUUAAGAUUGAGUUGGAAAAAGCAGAAAAUGGGAGCCUAGGAUUUGCACUGGUAGGUGGAAGAAAUGGCAGGGCUAUCCUAAUAAAAGCCAUCAGCCCGGACAGCAUUGCAGAUCUAGAUGGGAGACUUCAAGUUGGUGACAUCCUGCUGAAGGUGAAUGAGACUUUAGUGUCUGGUCUGCCACGUCAAACAGUUAUAGAUCUGCUACGCAAGGCUCGAGGCACUGUUCAGCUCACGGUCUGCCGAAGUGUGGCUUUGCCUUGGGCUUAUUCAGGCAACCAGAGCAAUAAUACAUCUUCCCCUCAAAACACAAAAGCACAGUCUGAUGACCACAGUACUGAGGGAAGCAUAGGAGCUCAGCCUGUUUUCACUUUCAAGGAAGAAGAGGAAUGCAACCAGACAUGCAGCCAGGAUCCCAAAAGUACACACAAUUCCCUUGUGCAAAGUCAGCUGGCUGGACCAGAAUAUCAGCAUAUUGCCAGUAAGAAUUCAGAUAGAUAUGCAGGAUGUAAAAGCUACACAAGGAGAGAGAGUCAGCAGUCGGAAUCGGACAGCUGGAACAAUGAAGAGGAUGAUGCACCCCGGCCGACUUCCUUUCUGCCUAGAAACAGAACUUUUUUUUCUGAAGAUGACCUGGCUCAGCCAAUUAACUUUAAACCCUCACUGACUGGAGUAGGUCCAAGGACUGGCAUCAGGGGUCUUAUUCAAGGUCUUCAGCUGCAGAUUGAGAACCAAGAGGUCUCAAAAGAGUUUAUGGCUUUAGAACAUGUAAAACCAAUAGAUGACUGCAGAACUGGCAAAGCACCAGAAAACCGUGAUAAAAACAGAUAUCGAGAUAUUCUUCCAUAUGAUAAGACACGGGUUCCUCUUGGAGAAAACAAUGGCUACAUUAACGCAAGUUACAUUAGGAUGAAAGUUGGAGAAGAGGAACAUUUCUAUAUUAUAACCCAAGGGCCUCUGCCUUCCACCAUAGCUGAUUUCUGGCAAAUGGUUUGGGAGAAUGAAUCAGAUGUGAUUGCCAUGAUGACAAAAGAAGUGGAGCUAGGAAAAGUCAAAUGUCAUCGAUACUGGCCUGAACCUCCACAUGAAUCUAUAGACCUGGCUAACUUCCAUCUCAGGCUAGGUGGUUACCAGAUAUUGGAAUACUUCAUAAUUAGAAUAAUAGAAGUAAUCAACAAGCAGACAGAAGAGAAGCGCAGUGUAAGUCAUUUGCAAUUUACCACUUGGCCAGACCAUGGUACUCCCACACUGGCUGAGCAGCUUGUAAAAUUUAUUUGUUACAUGAGAAGAGCUCACAAGACAGGACCUGUUGUUGCUCACUGCAGUGCUGGGAUUGGAAGAAGUGGAGUUUUGCUGUGUGUUGAAGUUUUGCUGAGCUAUAUAGAAAAAGAUCUAUGUUUCAACAUCAAGCAGAUAGUGAGAGAUUUGAGACAUCAGCGUUUUGGCAUGAUUCAAACUAAGGAUCAGUAUUUAUUGUGUUACGAAGUCGUGCUGAAAGUCCUUCAGAACAUUCAAGCCAUGGACCCCUACUGACUGCAAUAAGACUCUUCCCUGUCGCUAUUAUUCCUGGACUCCCUGGGACCACUCAAUUGUUGCUGUAAAGGGUUGUUAAGCCAGGACAGACAAGUGUUGUACUACAUGCUCUGUUAGAUUACUAUGAUUUUUAAACCAUUUUUCAGCUUUGCUUACCAUGCCUUAGGUAAGUCAUUUAAAUCUUGGCUCUCAGUCUGGAGAAACAGGCAGAACUGCAACACUACUGUUAAAUUACCAUGGACAAUUUGAGUAUUCUCUGUAAUAACAUAUUAGUUGUUAGGAACAUAUUUUUGGACUGUGAUGAGGAGAAAGCAGCCUCUAGAUUUAGCUUUACUGUCCAAAGGGCAGCUGAAAAGAUCUAAGACUCUGUUGGUGUUGGUUGAAGAUUAGUUGACCCUUACAUACAGUUGUACACUUUUGGCUCCUGUAUGGCAAAUUCGUAUUUCCUAUUGUAGUUCUGUUUUUGUGUAGAAGGACUCCAUUUGUUUACCUCUAGUUGCUUGAACAAUGUCAAAUCACUUCCAGGCAUCACUCCAGCACAGGAAUUUAUACCGCCAUCACUGGAAAUAUUAAAUCAAGAGACUGACAGAAAGAUAGGACACCUCAAAACCCUAGCUAGUGCUCUUCAAAGCAGGAAGGGAGUUCUAGCAAUUGGAAGGAAUAUUCAUUUUCUUCUGGCGGUAGAAACAGCUGUAGACAAUGCAUUUUGUGCAUCCAUGUAAAAAGGAAUGCAGUACUAAACCAGACAAAAUAACUGUGUUUGUGUGUGUAUUGUGGCACACAUUUACAUUUCUUCUUUCCCUGAUCAUUUCCAUUGAUUAGCUAUCACCUAAUUUUUAUCUAGGAUCUAGUCCACUUUAUGGAAAGUCCCACUGGUUUCAGUAGGGCCUGAAUCAGAUCUGUAAAUCAGAGUUAAUAACUCUCCAUACAGUUUAUUUCCCUUGUAAAAAGUGUUUCAGUUUGUGUGAGUUUGAAUUUGGGCAGACAUCUACUGUUUCCCCAACUGUCUGCCCCUGUGAGGUUUAAACCUAAAUUAAACUCUAGAAGGCUCUCUGGUGUCUCUUACUGGGAGGUUCACUGAGGGGUUUCAUUUGUCUUGAGUUUGUAAGAUUGUAACUAUUUCUAUAGUACUUCUAAUUCUUUUAUCUAGAAGCUGAUAUAUAUGGAAGUGGAAUUAGUAGAUAUGCAUCGGAAGAAUAACUUUUAAACAUAGCAAAUGAUAAUAGCAUUUAUUUAACUAAACUGUACAUAUUUUUAAAACUUCUUUGAUUUCAAGAAAGGAGAAAAUAUUAAUGGGCAUUUGACUAUAAAACUACAGUAUUGAAAAGACAAUAAAAUAGAUGUUUCUUUUCAUUAUGAAUGAGAAUGAGAGAUUUAUGACUCAGGAAGAAUGAGGCAUUAAAUACAAAUUAAAAGUAUGACUUUUAGAAGAAGCCACUGUAAUACAAUUAUAAUUAAGGCCAAGGGCCAUUUUUGGCCUUCUGCCCUCAGAUAGUUUGCUGGAAGUCAGGAAAAACUGGAAAUAGGAUUUAUAUGAGCCAGAUGCUUAAUUUCAAUCACACUGAUAGAGAUCCAGCGUAACUCUAAAUCAGUGGAGUAACUCUGGAGUUACAUUGGUGUAAAUAUAAACAGAAUCCAAUGUUUUGUCUUAAAUUAAUUGAAUUUGAGCCUUCUAGAAAGCAUUAUUCUCUCUACAUUAUGAAUUUACUAUAUUUAUGUUGCAUAUGAAGGACUAUUUGCACAAUUUUGUCAAGCAUCAUCAGCCAAAUUUUUGUUCAUAACUUUGUUACCUCCAUUUGGUAUUUGGCCUUUUACUUUGAUUUUAUCUAUUGUACAUGUACUACUAUGCAAAAUAACACUGCACACUAAUGCACAAUCCACUUUUUGUACCACAAAAACUUUAAAAAGUUUCUCAGUGAAAAUAUUCCUGGACUUUAUGCAAAGAUGGUUUUUUUCUGUGGUUUAGCACAAGCAUUUUGGAUUUGGAAGAUAGUUUUUGUGGCACUGUUUGCUCCUCCAGAUUUGUGCAUCAUCUUUGCAGCUGUUUGACAGAAGUGUUUCUUGUUUUACAGGGAUAUUAAAAAGAUUUCUGAAAACAUA